GAAGGAAGACACACUCGUUGCCAGUCUCUCCUAUCGUCAUCAACUCGUCCAAGACAACAAAAAAAUGCUGUCGUCUAAAUUUCUGGUAGCUAUUUGCUUUGUUGCUUUCCAGUCUUCUUCUGUUGGCCGGGCAAGUUUGAUCCUUCACGGCACGCCACUCCUUUCGCCCGUCACCGAGUUCACUUUCGAAGUGGCCACAUCGACGCUGAUCAAGGGCACCAAUUGCUACAUCACGUCCGGCGAAGUUUCCCAAUGUCGUAGGAAGCGCGGAAUGGUGGAGCAACCCCAAAUUGUAGCGGACGAAAUGGACAUUCAACCAUCGGAAGUCCUGAAAGUUGAAGCUACAAAGGCUCCCCGCGCCCUAAACUUCAAUUCUCAUUUCAACAAUUACCAGCAGCAGCAGGUCGCCAGUUCGUUCGACGAUUCGUACACGAACUACGUCAACCUCUUCCGGACACUGUCGACCACUAGAGGCCGGAAUAACGUCAUCUCGGUCGGCGAUUGCGGCUUGUCGACUGUUAACAUUAGCGAAUUCCUGUCUUGUUUGGGAAUGACACUCCAAGAAACGACUACACUGACGGCCACCUUUACGGAAAUCUCUACCAUCUCUUCCGGUUAUAACGUCAUGACUGUAUUGGGUUGCACUCCGGCAGGUUUCAACUACGAAUAUUGUCCCGAGAGCGCUUUGACUGCGACAGCUGAACUAAGGAAAAAUGGCAAUAAGCCACAGGGUCGCAGAACCGCAGUCGUCAAACGUCCAGUUGCUAAAGUCGCCGGUAAAUAAUUCCGUUCGGUACAGUAUAGGAUUCCGGUUUGAUAUUUCGUGAAAAACGUCUUCUGUUCUCUUGCCUGGUCUUUUGAAAAAAAUUUCCUCUCGUUUUUGGUUGUUAAUUAUUUACAUUCCAUUUUGUUAUACUGAAACUGUUUUUAUUUUUUCAAAUUCGAUUUUAGUUUUUUUUUUUUUUAGCAAACGUAUUCCGAAACUUAUUUCCUUUUCCUGUAUUCUAAUACUGCGGCUGUUGAAUUUUGGGCAAUAAAUGGUUUUGGAAUGGCAA